AUGAGUCUCCUCACGCAGGAGAUCAUCAUCAUGUGGGCCUUGACGGGCGCGAGCGUGGCCAUCAUGGCUUUUCGGCUGAUCAUGAACGUCGGCAAGCGACGGAGGUUUGACAUAGGCGACUACUGCACAAUGGCCGCUAUUGUCACCCUCCUGCUGCGCUCCUCCGUCGAGGCUGGGGUGAUCAGCCACGCCAUAACCACAGCUUGGGACAAGCAGGAAGACAGAUGGCUGGCGUACGAAGAGGGCGCUGGGCGCAGCAGCCCUGAUCGCCUCCCUUCUUGGAGACCAGUGGAAGUAAAGCAAGAGGAUGUUGGUUAUCCGGAUCUCCCCGCUGUGUCUGAACAGAAGGAGGAGGACCGCGACCUUUUUGUUCAACAGCCUCCUACACCUGCUCCAAAUGCCGCCGACCUUGAAAGCACCCCGGGCCAAGUUGAAAAGCGAGAGCCUCUUAAAUUCAACGUAGAAUCUUACCUUGCGCAAUUGAGAAGGGCGGAGAGAUGGAGCACACUAACUGAAAACGAGCAGGCAAGUCGCGCUGCGAUAGCACUUGCAAACUACGACCACUGCAAAGCACAAAGGCUCAAAAUGGACGAUAUUGAAGAGGAGAAGGAGGAGUUGUAG